AUGGGGCGUCGCGGCAAGGGGGCCUACGACAUCAUCAAUGAGGACCUCUUCGACUGCCGCGUCCCCGUCCACAAUGAGGUCGCCUACCAACACGGAAUCCAUUUCGAGGCCAAGUAUGUCGGCAGCAUGGAGAUCCCACGUCCAGGCACCCGCAUUGAGAUCGUGGCCGCAAUGCGACGCGUCAGGUACGAGUUCAAAGCCCGCGGCAUCAAGAAGAGACCGGUUGACAUCACGGUGUCGGUGGACGGCGUCAAGGUCGUAUUGCAGAGGAAAAAGAAAAACAAAGAAACAUGGGACGAAUCAAAGUUGUUAAUAAUGUUUCAUCCGAUUUAUAGGAUAUUUUUUGUCUCACACGACUCCCAGGAUCUCCAAAUUUUCUCAUAUAUUGCCAGGGACGGCGCUUCGAACACUUUCAAGUGCAAUGUAUUUAAGUGCUCGAAAAAGGUGAGUGAGCAGGAGUUUGAA